AGAGAGAGAGGAGAGAGAGAGAGAGAGGUCUUUGUUUGGUGAUUGGAAUUCGUCGUCUUCGUUGUGUUCUUUUCCGGUUAUUUUGCUCUUCUCCUCCCAACUCUUUGCAAUUGGAGGUGGGGGUGUGGUGGUCUCCUUUGUUUCUUGUUCUGUUCCCUUCUUCCAAUUACCGAAGCCCCGAAAUCUGUCGAUUUUGUCGUGAUUUUGUGCUCUGCCGCAUCUUUUUCGGCUCACAAGCUCAAAGAUUCGAUCUUUGUUUCACGAGAUCGGAAGUUUCUGGUUUUUGAUUGUUUUGUCUGCUCUUCUCUCCGUUUAUUCCUGCUCUGGUUUAUUGGAUGGAAGAGGGGGGAUUCGGGGAGCGGUGAGUGGCGGCGGAGAAGGGAGGCGAGAGGAAAAAGAUGCUGUAUUUGAAGCAGCCGCGGGGGAACCUGGGACUGCGGCGGCGGACGGCCUGAUCUCGAAGGAUUUGGAUGUCCAAGUGACGUGGUCCGAUCCCGGAGCUCGGGAUCCGGACGGAAUGGCAGCAGAGGGCGGGGUGGAGGCUCGGAUCAACGACGCCAACUGCUACCUCCAGAUGUUUGAGCUCUACGAGACUCAUUCUAAAUUUUAUAUGAUUGGAAGGAACCAAAGUAAAGCAUUAUGGAGAGUAUUGAAGAUUGAUAGGUCAGAAUCUUCAGAACUUAACAUCUGUGAGGACUCAACCACAUACUCAGAAAGUGAAUGUAAAGAGUUGUUAAAUCGAGUACAUGAGGGAAACAAAUCGACUGGUGGACUAAAGUUUGUCACCAAUUGUUAUGGUAUUGCUGGAUUUGUUAAGUUCUUGGGGCCUUACUACAUGCUGCUCAUAACCGAAAGAAAAGAAAUUGGUGUUAUAUUUGGUCACGCAGUUUAUGCUGUGACUAAGAGUGAAAUCAUUGCAGUUCCAAAUUGUAAUGUCCAAUGUGAUAUGGCUAAUGCUAAGAUGGAGUACAGAUACAAGAAGCUCUUCGGCAUGGUGGAUCUUACGAAAGAUUUCUUCUUUAGCUACUCAUACCACAUUAUGCAAAGCUUACAAAAGAAUGUUUGUGAGAGUCAAAGCGGGCACAUGAUAUAUGAGACUAUGUUCAUUUGGAAUGAGUUCUUGACCCGUGAGGUUCAUCAACGUCUCAAGAAUACUCUAUGGACAGUUGACUUAGUAUAUGGUUUCUUUAAGCAGGUGAAACUUUCAAUUUGUGGAAAAGAUUUUUGGUUGACUCUCAUUGCUAGGCGUUCACGACAUUUUGCUGGGACCAGGUAUCUGAAGCGUGGUGUUAAUGGAAAUGGUAGCGUGGCAAAUGAUGUUGAGACAGAGCAGAUCGUCUUUAAAGACAUUCCUGGAGGAACUCCGACAUGUCUUAGUUCUGUAGUUCAGAAUAGGGGUUCCAUACCUCUUUUUUGGUCUCAGGAAACCUCAAAACUUAAUCUGAAGCCAGAUAUUAUCUUGAAGAAAGAUAAAGAUUAUGAAGCUACCCGACUUCAUUUUGAGAAUCUUGCAAACAGAUACCGAAACCCUAUUAUUAUUUUAAACUUGAUUAAGUCAGAAGAAAAGAAGCCUAGGGAAUCUAUUCUACGGUCAGAAUUUGCCGAUGCAAUUGAAUUUAUAAAUAAGAAUCUGUCAGAAGAAAGUCAUCUAAAGUACUUACAUUGGGACCUUCAUAAGCAUUCUCGAAGGAAAGCUAAAAAUGUGCUUACAUUGUUGGGAAAAGUGGCAUCACGUACUUUAAAGUUAACGGGCUUCUUUUAUUGUGAAACGACACCAGCACCAAGGCAUGAAGGUGACUUAAGGUGGCCCAAUUUUGUGAUGGAUGAUGUUGGUGACUGUUUGUGUAAUAAUCAUUGUAGCAGUAGUGGCGGCAACACCACUGGUACAGAUGACAUUGAUAAGUUUGAAGAUGGAACCCAAGAAGAUAAUAUGGAUUCUGAUAUAUCUGGAUUGGAAACAGCACAGGUUCAAGUUAGCAAUGGUGGACAUUGCUCAGUUAAAUCUCUUAGGUAUCAGACAGGUGUUCUGCGAACAAAUUGCAUAGAUUGCCUAGAUCGCACAAAUGUUGCUCAGUAUGCCUAUGGUUUAGCUGCACUUGGGCAUCAACUUCAUGCACUGAAUUUAUCUAGUUUACCAAGUAUUCAUCUAGAUGCAUCCUUGGCUGAUGACUUGAUGACAUAUUAUGAGACAAUGGGCGACACACUUUCUCUGCAGUAUGGUGGUUCUGCUGCUCAUAAAAAGAUUUUCUCUGAAAGAAGAGGUCAAUGGAAAGCAGCAACCCAAUCUCAAGAGUUCUUCAGAACACUUCAAAGAUAUUAUAGCAAUGCCUAUAUGGAUGUCGAAAAACAGGCUGCAAUAGAUCUAUUUCUGGGACACUUUCAACCUCAACUUGGUGAACCAGCGAUUUGGGAGCUUAAUUCACUUCAGCAUUAUGGUUUUGGGAAAAAUGGCCAUGCUUUUACUGAUGAAAAUUCGAGGACAUUUAUCAGAAGAUCACUAUCAGAUGGAAAUAUACUCCAUGAAAGCUGUACUCCUCUAUCCAGCUGUGGUUUUGGCCAAAAAGACCUCUCAUGCUCAACAUUAUCUGAAAGAGAACAUCACGAGCAGGCCGAGUGUUUAUCUGAUUCAAGUUUAACAACAGAAAUUUCCAAGUGUGAUGCAGAUGUAUCACAUCACAGGCACAAUUCCAUGAUGUCUCAUGGGCAGCUUUUUGCAGAUAGUGCAUAUAGUUACUUGUAUAAAGAUUGGCAGUCAAAUUUUCUGGGCCUUGAUUCACUUUUAUCUUCUGGUAACUCUUUUGAGGGAGAAAUAAAUGACAGGUCCAUAAUACUGAACUCUGCAGUCAAGAAUCAUCCUUCUAAACAUGUCACCAAUGGCAGAACUAAUGAAGCAGCCACACUUCUCAUAGAAAAUCGGUUUAUCAUAAAGUUGAUAUCCUUCAUAAUUGAACAUCUCAUGCAGAAGUCAACAACGUCCAAAACACAUGAUUCUUCGAUUGAGGGGAGAAAAAAUCGACAUAAAACUGCCUUACAACACCAUUGAAACAGCCAACACUGCAAGCGAAUUUUCUGAUAGCUUUGCGCAAUGGGUUAACAAUGGAGAGACUUUAUGUCAUUAAUGCCAACUCAUUUGGAUCAUAUAUUCUCUAAUGUCCCAUUCAAUCCUCACCUUCUGCCACAAGGAUCUAGUGAUGCUUUAAAUGACAGCGACAGAAGGUAUUUCUUCGGAAGGAUGUUCUCGGACUCCGUCAACUGUUUUUUCUUCCAGAAUCGUGUAAAAAAGAUCAGGUCAAAUGAUGUAUUGCCACUGCUGUAGUGGUUUGAAGUAUAUGUAUAUAUACAUAUAAUUCUUUCAGAUGGCAGUAUGUUUAUGAUCCAUAAGUCUCACCCAUGUAAAUAAUAAUAUAGCUACUUGUACUCCAAUGAGCUUGACAAUUACAGCACCAAUUCUUUUUCCA